AUGUUACCGCUUACAAUCUCUCUCCGUCUUGCCAGUCGCUCCACAGCGCUGGCUGCACGUCGUGUUGUACCUUUAGUGUCUCGUUCCUCUUCAUUGCGCGUGCUUACGGCUAUUCCUGGCCAUUCAUCUGUCGCUUGGUUCUCUUCCUCUCCUUUGGACGUUGGCGCUGCUGUCGUGGAAGUGGAAGACGGUGAUGAUGUGGUAUUAGAACCACUGCCAAUGGACAAAGGAUUUGUGGACCAGAAACCCAUUGAGAACUUUAAGUUGUCGCAGGAGACACAGCAAAAUCUGCAUAAAGCUGGUGUCACGCACUUGUUUCCAGUCCAGACGCAAUCAUUUGACGUCAUGAUGAAAGGCGCAGACAUUAUGGGACGCUCUAAGACUGGAUCGGGCAAGACCCUGGCUUUUGCACUACCUAUUAUUGAGACUAUCAUGGCCAAUCGGAAGAAUACACGCAACCCACAAGCUCUCGUACUCCUGCCCACGCGUGAAUUGGCACAGCAAGUCCAUGAUGCAGUGCAACGUGUAGCUCCACAGCUGCGUACAGUGAACGUUGUAGGUGGGGUGUCGUACACGGUACAGGAGAAUCAUUUGCGUCGUGGUGUGGACAUUCUAGUGGGUACACCUGGCCGGAUCAUGGAUCUAGUGGACAAGGGAUCGCUGUCGCUCGAAGAUGUGGACGUGGCAGUCCUGGAUGAAGCAGACAUGAUGCUCAAGUUUGGCUUCCAGGAAGCUGUAGAGACCAUCUUGGGCUGGGUACCUAAUGGCGGUCAGACGGUCAUGUGGUCGGCUACUUUUCCAAAGUGGGUGAGCUCAAUGGCCAGCAAGUUCCUGACGGAACCCGUGUCGAUUGACCUUGUGGGUGACAAUGAUAACCACGUGCCGACCACUGUGACACACAAGGCAAUUAACGCGCCGAUGCGCGACCGUAUCCAGGUGCUGGAAAAUGUGUUGCGUCUGCAUGCCCACGAUGGACAGACCUUGGUGUUCACGGAGACCAAGCAGGAAGCUGAUGAAAUUGCAAACUCUUUGCCUGGCCAGGACGCUCGUGCAUUGCACGGUGAUCUCUCGCAAGGUAUGCGUACGUCCACAAUGAACGGAUUCCGCAAUGGUCACGUUAAGACACUCGUGUGCACGGACAUUGCUGCACGUGGUCUGGACAUCGCCAACGUUGACCUUGUGGUGCAGUACCGACUUCCGAGCGAUAAGGAGAGUUUUGUGCACCGUGCUGGACGCACAGGUCGGGCGGGACGAUCGGGCACGAACAUUGUGUUUUUCGACCGCAGAGACGCUAGUGACGUGCUGGACUUUGAGCGUCGCUACAAGUUCAAGUUUACGCAUGCCGGUUCGCCUCGUCCGGAGCAGAUGAUAGAAGGCGCACUGGAGGAUGUAAAGAAGCAGUUGGUGUCACUUCCCAAGGCGACCGCCCUAUUGUUUGACGAUGCGGCCCAGGCGAUGGUUGAUGAGCAGGGACCGAGUGUGCUGAGCGCUGCGCUUGCCCUGCUGUGCGGCUUUGACUCGAAAAAGCUAACGUCGCUUUCGAUGUUGACGGGUCGUUUCCGCAUGCAAACUGUGCAGGUGGAAGGUGUGCAGAACUCACGUGAUCUCAACCAACGACUGUCGUCUUUCAUGACCGAACGUGUUGAUAUCUACCCGGUAGAUGGUGGUAUCCUUGUGUUUGACAUCCCUCAAGGUCAAUUGGAGAAGUUGCAAGAGCACCUGACUGCUGCAUCACCUGGCGAAGAAGUGAAGGUGACAGCGGCCACGGAGUUUCCGCGUAUGAUUAUUGACCGGACAAGCCGCAAUACCAGCGAUAGUCGUGGUUAUUCUCAUAACCGCUUUGGUGGCAACAAGCGCGAAGGAGGUAACAAUCGCUUUGGUGGUGGCAAUCGACGUGAUGGAGGUUUUAACCGUUUUGGAGGCAAUAAGCGUGAAGGUGGCAACAAUUGGAAACGCAAUGACCGUGAUGGAAACUUUCGUCGUGACAACAAGAGUCGCAAUUAUGACUCAUCUUUUUCAAAAGGUCGUUCCUCGAAUCGUACCAACUUUGGUCGUUUUACCGAAGAGUAG